UACAAACAAUUGUGUUUUUUUUAAAACUUACAUUAUUCGGCUCCGGGUGUUACAUUAAGAUGUUCCGAUGCAACAACCCUACACCGGUGACGUGUUAAAGAACUUCCUCUCUGGAAAGAAAUUUCCUGUGCUAUUUAAAGGUGAAGAACAAAAAUGUGCUGAAAGCAGGAUUCAGUUGGAUAUGUUAAAAGGAGAAACACUAUGAACGUGCCCAAAUGUAGAGUUCUACUGGCCCGCCUCUCUGGUGCGUGGCUUCGCUCUAGCUCCUGCCUCUCCUGUGUGUCUCAUUUCUCUUCAACAAGCACAGCUUCUCUCAAAACAGAAUUUCAAAAACAACAGGGAAUCCACCCCUUGCUUCAGCCGGUGCAGAAUGUGGUGUUUAAUGUGAGAAGGCAGCUCAGCCUAUCAGCAGCUGGGAUCGUCAAUUCAGCACCAAAAUCAGCACAGCCCUACCUGAGGCUUAUGAGGUUCGAUAAACCCAUUGGCACAUGGCUGCUGUAUUUGCCCUGCAUGUGGAGUAUUGGCCUGUCCGCAGAGCCAGGCUGCCUCCCCAAUCUCUACAUGCUGACACUGUUUGGAACAGGAGCGGUUUUAAUGAGGGGGGCUGGCUGUACCAUUAAUGACAUGUGGGACAAAGACUUUGAUAAAAAGGUUUCACGGACAGCAGGCCGCCCAAUAGCGGCAGGAGAGAUCACCCGUUUCCAGGCCCUGGUGUUCCUGGGGGGGCAGCUUAGUCUGGCACUGGGUGUACUGCUGUGUUUGAAUUACUACAGUAUCGCCCUUGGGGCUGCUUCACUGUCUCUAGUGGUAACCUAUCCUUUAAUGAAGAGAAUUACAUACUGGCCACAGUUGGUUUUAGGUCUUACUUUUAACUGGGGAGCACUCCUGGGAUGGUCGGCAGUUAAGGGGUCCUGUGGUUGGUCAGUUUGCCUUCCUCUCUAUUUCUCUGGGGUUAUGUGGACAUUGAUAUACGACACCAUAUAUGCUCAUCAGGACAAGGCAGACGAUGUCCUUGUGGGUGUGAAGUCCACUGCUCUCCGGUUCCAGGAGCAGACGAAGCCCUGGCUGUGUGGGUUUAGUGUGGCGAUGCUGUGUGGACUGAUAGUGACUGGGGUCAACUGUGACCAGACUCUACCCUACUAUGGAGCGCUGGCUGUGGUGGGAGCUCAUCUUGCAUACCAGAUUUACUCAUUGGAUAUCAACAAACAUGAAGACUGCUGGAAGAAAUUCACUUCUAAUCGAACUCUGGGACUUUUGCUGUUCGUGGGAAUAGUUCUGGGAAAUUUAUGGAGAGCAAGAAAUAACAAUAAUGUUUUAGAAAAGGCUACAUGAAAAAAAUAAGAAGUGCAUUCAAACUGAGGGUCGACAUUGACUAUUUAUACUGUACUUUUAAUAAAUGUAUUUCAGAACCUGAUAUUGUAUAUUGUCCAAACUGCAGUGUGUUUUAAUUGGUGUACACAGAAGAAGUGUAUCCUUAGAUGGAUUGUUUUUUUCACAUGCUGAUAAUAAAAUAAUUGAAUCAUGA